AUGGCUUCGAAUCGCAGGGGAGUGGGCCUGAGCGCCUUCUCGAACGCGGCAAUAUCUUCUGAUCAGUAUGCUCGUCACGGUGCGGCAUUGCGUUCGUCCCACGCAGACGCCCUUGCCAACCAGCUAUCGGUCUUUCAGGCUGCACUGCAUAAUUUUUCGCUCACGCAUGCAAAGGACAUUCGAAGCGAUCCUGUAUUCCGUGCGGAAUUUGCGCGCAUGUGCCAUGCUAUUGGUGUCGAUCCACUCGCCGGGAGCAAUACCCGUGCUCGAGAGUUAAGUGGCAAGGGCGAGAGUAUCUGGGCGAAGAUGCUCGGGACGAGUGUGAACGAUUUCUACUUCGAACUGGGUGUUCGGCUUGUGGAGGUAUGCCGAGACACACGCAGCGAAAACGGCGGCAUGAUUCCCCUUUCAGAAGCCCGAAAGAGGAUUUCUCAAGGUCGCAAUCUAGUGGGCGGAAGCAUCGAGGUUACCGAUGACGAUGUCUUGCGUGCACUGGAGAGCCUCGAGCCGCUCGGUGGGAUGUUCAAGGUGACUGUACUCGGCUCGAAUAAAUUCAUCAGAUCCGUGCCGAAGGAGUUGAACCCCGAUCAAGCAACUGUGCUCGGAGUGAUUCAAAUUCUUGGCCAUGUGACAGUUUCCAUGCUUCGCGACAAUCUCAUUUGGGAGCACGCGCGGUCAGUCGCUGUCAUUGAGGAUCUGGUCGCCGAUGGUCUAGUCUGGAUUGACUUGCAAGCAGAGGAGACCGAGUACUGGAGUCCGGCCUCUAUGCACGAGGACAGCUGA